UUACACCCACAAUUGAGCCCAAAUAUAUGUUGUUGAGAAAUUUAUUAAGUUGAAUUUUCACCAUUUCCCGAAUGUAAAUCACGUGACCAUGGGGAUGCUGCAAUGGUCAUAAAUGUGAAAAAUGGUCUCAAGUCACUCUUUUCAGUGUGGUCACUAAGUGAACUGUUGUAAGUCGAGGUCUACUUGUACCAGCUGGACUUAUUCAAAACGAAGCGCCUGCGAGCCCAAAUGGAUACGGCUGGCAGCUGCUCCAGUAACAUCCGCGCCCUUUCCCUCUCUCGCAGUCGGGGCUGAGGAUUACGUUCCCCAGCCCCGUCGAAGGGCGACAAAGCCGCCCUGAAGCGGUUCAAAUCCAGGCUGGGAGUGGACAGGGGCGAAAGGAGAACAAUCCUGUCGCACUCCAAUGACGGACCGGUUGCGCAGCAGCUCUUGGCUGAGUCCAAAGAGAAGGAACUUCGCAUUCAUGUGACCGACUUCCGGAUGGAAGGUUUUGGGUUGCGCACGCCGUUGCGAAAAAGAGCUAAAAUCUAGGAGGCACUCGAUUUGGACACUGUCCCCUGCUUGGGUUUUUGUUGAGGCGCUCGCCUGCAGCUCCCCUUCUCCUCAGACAGAAUAAAAAUAUUUACUUAGGUCAUGGGCAAGAAUAAGGUAAAAGGACUGAAACAGGCCAAUGUAUUCCAUAUAGCCAAUAAAAAAAUACUAAAGGCUAAAAGUAAAGGAAAGCCAGUGGCAACCAACCUAAAAAAGAUAAAUAUUGUGAAUGAUGAAAAAGUUCACAAGAUAGAUAAGGUAUUUACAGAAAUACAGAAAAAUGUUAAACAAUUGUCCAAAACUGUUCCAUCAAAUUCUUCAAAGAAACUUAAGAUUCCAAUGUCUCAGGAAGACGAACCGGCCAAUGUGGAUGCUGCUGCUAACUUACUUUCUCAGUUGUAGCACAAAACAAUAUACUGAUGUGAAAAUUACAUCUUUUGAUACAGAAUGGAAGGCAUAGCUUUCAACACUGGAAAUCUAUUUACCUAAGAGGAUACAAUAAUGAUGGAAGGAAUACCUGGAUUUUAUAUAAUGAAUUGGGAAACUAAUCCUCCCCAAAGUGGCAGUAGUCAAGCAAUUGAGGAAAUAUUCCAAGAUGUCUUUAAAACAAAGAAAAUUUUCAACCUUUUAGUCUACGCAUAGCUAGGAGCCAAAUUAUUUAUCAACAGAGAGCUGGAUUUGAGACAUUGGUCUACACUUACUAGCUGAAUUAUAAUUUAAAGUGAAAUUGUGAUUUAAAAACUUAAAUCUCUACUGUCUAAUGUUAUUGGUAAAGUUUCUUUCAGGACAUUAAAAAUGUAAGAUAAAAGGAUUUUAUACAUUAUUAUAUUUCUUUGCUGUAGACAGAAUAAACUUAUGACUAAUUCAAAAUUUUAUAUACCGUAUAUGCUGGCGUAUAAGACGACUUCUGGAAGCGCUAAACUCGGCGCCAAAGACAGGGGUCGUCUUAUACGCCAGAAAUACUGGUAGUUUUCCGGCGUAUAAGACGACGUUCUAGGAAUGCGGCUCAGCGACAAAGAUGCGGGUCGUCUUAUACGCCGGGUCGCCUAAUACGCCGGCAUAUACAGUAAUGGGUGGAAAAAUAAUAGGAAAACAAAAAUAUGUAAUUUAACACUGAAUUAAUUAGUAAAUCCCUUACUUUAGUUUGGCCCAAAAUAUGGAAUUACUCUUUAAAUUUGGGCAACAUGAAAAUUUUGGCUUAGAUUUUGAUUAACUAUGUUAAAGUAAUAGCUGUUUUCAUUUCCACUCUCCUCCAAAAUAGAGUUUCGUAUUUAAAAAAAUAAAAACAUUCACUGGUA